AUUGUUUUGAAAAUCGUUUGAAAAGCGAUAGACUUUUAUAAGCCAUUGAUUAUCACAUCAUUUGAUUGCAGUCACUGUUUGACAGCCGAAGACAUCACUGAAUCGUUUCUCGUUCGCGACCGCAAUGUCUUCAACGCUUGAAUCCUAUGUCAACCACACCGUUUCGGUCAUCACUGCCGACGGCCGACAGAUUGUGGGCACACUUAAGGGUUUCGACCAAACAGUGAACGUGAUCUUAGAUGACAGUCACGAACGGGUCUACAGCUCAUCCCAUGGCGUAGAACAGGUGGCGCUCGGACUCUAUAUCGUUAGAGGAGAUAACGUAUCGACGAUUUGGUGGACUUAUAUCGAGGUUUUGUUAAAACUCCGAUUCCUAUCUCCGGCCGACUUUCUGUCAGCGAUAAUGAGAGACAAAAGGAUUUACGAAUUGAUUGGAAAGUCCGAGAUAUGGAUCGCUUGGAAGCGACCAAACAUACGACCCAUCACUCCAUCAAACUAUCCAAAGAUGGGAUGACUGUUAAACACAUC